UUGUAGCUGUCAGGACAUGAUAAGAGUCGUAGUUUUCCAACUAACAAGUUGUUAUGAAAGGUGGUGAGCUAAAUAGUGCGGCGCGGAAGAACACACACGCAUGCGCACAAAGAGAACUCAUAAGCUUAGGGGUGACCGUGCGAGGCGGAGGGAUCUCCAGCAGUGUGCGCUGCAGCACGGACUGAUUUCGGUGUUACACACCAAGAUGGCGGCGCACAUAGAGGAUUGUCCGGGUUGGCUUUUCUGGCAGGGAGGGCUGUACACGGAGCAGUAGACGUGGAGGGAUACGUUCAUCUUCAGUCUUCCGCAGUUUACUCUUAAUUGCACGUCACUGAAGUAAAAUCCGGGACCAUGAAGUCGGACAAUGGUGGCAGUAAUGUCAGCAUCACUGCCGAAGUCUUCAACGGAGUCGGCUUCAGCGACCAUCAGGAAGCUCCGCCCCCUUUCACCAACUGCUCCACCCAGCCGCCGAGUGAGCGGGCCGCGCCAAAGACAGCCGGCUGGAAACAGAAAUGCGCCAGCUACGUCCUGGCGCUGCGUCCCUGGAGCUUCAGCGCCUCCCUCACCCCCGUGGCAUUGGGCAGCGCCCUCGCCUACCGCUCGGUCGGCACGCUGGACAUUCUGGUGCUCCUGAUGUGCGCCGUGGCCGUCCUGGCCGUGCACGGAGCCGGAAACUUGGUAAACACCUACUACGACUUCUCCAAAGGGAUCGACCACAAGAAGAGCGACGACAGGACUCUGGUGGACCGUAUCCUGGAGCCGCAGGACGUGGUGCGGUUCGGGGUUCUGCUUUACACCCUGGGGUGCGUCUGCGCCGGCUGCCUGUACUUUCUGUCUAAGCUGCGGCUGGAGCACAUGGCGCUCAUAUACUUCGGAGGACUCUCCAGCUCCUUCCUCUACACCGGAGGAAUUGGCUUUAAAUAUGUGGCCCUGGGAGACUUGGUGAUCCUGAUUACGUUCGGGCCCCUGGCGGUCAUGUUCGCUCACGCAGUUCAGGUCGGUUACCUGUCAGUCACACCCUUGCUGUACGCGGUGCCGCUGGCUCUGAGCACAGAAGCGAUCCUACACAGCAACAACUCCCGGGACGUUGAGUCGGACCGGCAGGCGGGCAUCGUGACCAUGGCCAUCCUCAUCGGCCCCACGCUGUCCUACAUGCUCUACAACCUGCUGGUCUUCCUCCCGUACGUCAUCUUCUGCAUCCUGGCCACGCGCUACACCAUCAGCAUGGCGCUGCCGCUCCUCACCAUCCCCUUGGCCUUUUCCCUGGAGCGACAAUUCAGAAGCCAGAACUUUACCCGGCUCCCGCAGAAAACGGCCAAACUCAACCUGUUUGUUGGACUCUUCUAUGUGUUCGGAAUUAUCCUGGCUCCUCCCGGGGCCCUCCCUAAACUCUAACCUAAUUUAUGAACUGUAUAAGACUCCAGCACGAAUGCAUAUAGUGCUGCAAUGUCUGUGUGGAUCCUAGAGGGGGAGCCACCGGAUCACUUCUGCACUAUCCCCUCCCCCAUACUGACAAAACUAUAUAUGGGGCUAUACGAGAAACAGGCCAAGUAUGAUGUCAUCACUGUGACCCAACGACUCAUUCUGUAUGAUCGUGUGUUAUGGCCUCGGCUUAGUUAUAUCUUGUCCAUCGGGUUCUGUAGAGUUUCCACCAUUAAUCAUGGAGUAUUCGCCCUUAUACGUGUACAUUUAGUCCCUCUGUACAUUCAUUACAGACAUUUCAUCUUAGUAAAUGAAUGGCUAAGCAGUGGUAUAUUGAGCGCUCCUGCGGGAACGUCCAGCACCAUAGACUUCAAUGUAAAAGAUUACAGUGUUUUUUGUCCCUUUAAAAAUAGACUCCAGAGCUGAACUCACUAUUCUGCUGGUGAGAUCACUGUGUACAUACAUUACUUAUCCUGUACUGAUCCUGAGUUAUAUCCUGUAUUAUACUCCAGAGCUGUACUCACUAUUCUGCUGGUG